AUGUCCGACCAAAUCAACCCUUCUGCGUCACUUGUCUCUCUUGCUACCACCGCCGAAAAUGAAAUGCCCGCAACGCCUUCCGCGUCGACCACCGCUUUGAUGCCCAAGACGCCCUCUCGAACGCCCACCGCCAGCCCGCCUGCCAAGAAUUACGAGCAGGCGUUCGCAGCGCUGUCGUCAUCCUAUGGCUUCGCCGGGACUGUCCCGACCAAGAAUCCGAAGAAGGACAAGAAGUCGAAGAAGCGCGCAGAUAAGGCGCAAAGCCCCAAGGGCGAGGCCUCCGGCUCGGCGCAGGGCGGUGCCAGUGCUGGUGGCGGCCAGUCUGCGCCCGCGAAGUGA